CCGUUGCGAGUCCUCUGCGUGCGUAAGUGUCGCCGCUGAUCCACCUCUUAAUAGCAGGUGAGGUCAAAUGCAGGAGAUAGGAGCGGAAGCGGUUUGCUGACAGGUGGAUUUGGAUAGUUUAGCUUCAAUGGAAGAAAUGGACGAUGCCAAAACGGUUCUGGUCGAGAGCCUGAUAAUAUGGCUGCAGACCUUUAACACUCCUGCACCCUGCACGACAAUAGAGGAACUGACCACUGGAUCAGCAAUAUCACAGGCACUGCAUCAGAUAGACCCUGCAUGGUUUUCUGAUGGAUGGCUUGGUCGUAUCAAAACAGAUGUUGAGGGUAACUGGAGAUUGAAGAUGAACAACCUGAAGAAGAUCCUUCAGAUGGUGGUUGAUUAUUAUAAUGAGGUCUUGGGACAGGAGAUCACAAACUUCCCUUUGCCAGAUUUGGCCCUCGUUGCAGAGCGUUCAGACCCAGUGCACCUCGGGAAGCUACUGCAGCUCAUACUGGGCUGUGCUGUCAGAUGUGAACAUAAACAAGAAUAUAUUCAGAACAUCAUGACUUUGGAGGAGUCUGUUCAGCACGUUGUCAUGACGGCCAUCCAGGAGCUCAUGAAUAAAGAGACCAUGGCCCCGUUUGGAGCACAACUGUCAGGGGACGUAGAACAGCAGUUAAAAAAAGCCCAGGAGGAUCUAGCUGAACUAUUAACCGAGAAGGAAGCUCUAGCCCAACGCUGUCAAGAGUUGGACAUACAGGUGGCUGUACUGCAAGAGGAACGAAACAGCUUAUUGGCGGAGAACGAUGUCCUAACUGACCGGGCCAAUCAGCUGGACACGUUCGAUGACCCCAGCACACCCUCAGGAAGGAAGCACAAUCAGUUACAACAGCAACUGGAGACUCUACAGGAGGAGAACUUCAGACUGGAGGCUGCGAAGGACGACUACCGGAUCCACUGCGAAGAGUUGGAGAAGCAGCUGAUUGAGGUUCAGCACCGUAAUGACGAGCUCACCAGCCUGGCAGAAGAAUCUCGAGCUCUCAAAGACGAGCUGGAUGUUAUGAGGAACUGUUCAGAUCGCGUGGUAAUACUGGAAGCCUCGGUGGAAACAUACAAGCGUAAACUGGAGAAUCUGGGUGAUCUGAAGAGGCAGAUGAAGCUGCUGGAGGAGAAUAACAUGACCUACAUGCAAAACACUGUCAGCUUGGAGGAGGAGCUCCGCAAGGCCAACGCUGCCCGCGCUCAGCUCGAGACGUACAAGCGACAGGUCCAGGAGCUACACAAGAAAUUGUCUGAGGAAUCGAGGCGAGCAGACAACCUCGCCUUUGAGAUGAAAAAGUUUGAGGAGAAGCACGAAACUGUGAUGAAGGAGAAAGAGAGAGUCAUGAUAGAAAGAGAUUCUCUAAAGGAGACCAACGAGGAGCUGCGAUGCACUCAGGCUCAACAGCACCAGCUCUCACAAGCAGGGAUAGGGAUGCUAUCUUCCAGCAGCCCCAGCCAUGAUAACCUGGCUGCUGAAUUGAUACCAAUUGAGUACAGAGAAAAGUUCAUCAGGCUGCAGCAUGAGAACAAGAUGUUGAGAGUGCAGCAGGAGGAAAGCGAGCGGGAGAGGUUCGCCGCCCUGCAGUGUCAGCUGGAGGAGGCGCACAAGACACGUAGUGAACUGGAUACAGAAAACAGACUGAGCCGAGCGCGGAUCAGUGAGCUGCAGCAACAGGUGGAGGACCUCCAGAAGGCUCUGCAGAGUCAGGCGGCCAAACCAGACGAUUCAAACCUAAAGCGGAAACUGGACGCGCACAUGGUCCAGCUGAACGAGGCUCAGGAUGAAAUCAUGAAGAAGAAAGAGCUGCUGGAGGACCUUCAGCCUGACCACACUCAGACCUCUUUGAAGGUGGACGAGCUGAUGGCUGCUCUGAAGAAGAAGGACGAUGACAUGCGGGCCAUGGAAGAGAGGUACAAAAUGUACCUGGAGAAAGCUCGGAAUGUGAUCCGAGCGUUGGACCCUAAACUGAAUCCAGCCACUGCAGAGAUCCAGUCUCUGAGGAACACGCUGGCAGACCGGGACAAGCACAUUCUCAACCUAGAACGUCAGUGUGAGCAGGCCAAGCUUCGAGAGUAUGAAGAGAAACUGAUCGUCACAGCUUGGUAUAACAAGAGUCUGAACUUUCAGAAGCUGGCUAUCGAGUCACGCCUUGGCGGCCGCACAGCGUCCAUGCUGUCUCCUGGCCAGUCCUUCCUGUCUCAGCAGCGGCAGGUCUCAAACGCGCCACGCCGGACCCUUUCCAUCAACGUGCCUGCCACUACCUCCCAGUAGACCUCGACCCGGAGCCAAAUGUUCUCCCCUUUAUUUAGUGAAGGGGUGGGAAACAAAUCCUCCCCGUCCACCCUACAAGUGAGCACUCAAGUGACCUUAAGCACAUCCACUCUCAGCGCGCUCAGGAAGGUCACAGGUCACAGGUUAGCUGACGAGGAUCGAGCAGUACUUAUUAAACUCAACUGUGUACAGUAAGUCACUCACCUGUGGUCGUAGCUGUCGGUCACAUCACACACUGUCCACACCACACUUCUCACUGCUCUGUGCUCCACUGAACACUUGCUGGAAUCAAUUUAGCCUUGUUUUUAUAUAUAUACUGUACAUAUGU